AUGGUGCGCCACCCGUCGCAGGAAUACAUCCAUUCGCCUUAUCAAACUCAUCAGACUCAUCGGACAGCUCGUUCCACAGUGUCAUCGGGCUUGCACCAGAGCUUCAGUCCAGCUACGCAGUCCGUUUCAGUCGCUGUAAGAAACCCUGUAACGGCAAAUCACGCUGUUUCCGAAGCCAGCGAGGGCGACUCGGUUGACGAGGGCGGGGUCCGCCCUCUGCACAAUGUAAGCGGGGUCGUUGUCGAAAGAGACCUUUAUCGCAUGUCAAUGCCCGUGGGCACCACUCGCGCCGCAAAAGAAGGCUCGUUGGGCUCAACAACGCUAGAUUCUCGCGGUUUGAAGCGUGUUCAUGACCUCGAUGCCGAGAAUUACGGCGACAUGCCCCGGAAACAUGGCAAGCGACUCACAACCAAGGAGGAGGUCUCCCUUUUUGAGAUCUGUAACCGCCAUGCCGAUAGCUUCGGCAAGCGCAGCGAUAUUUGCAACUGGUGGAAGACCGUCGCCGCAGAGUUUACGCAUGCCCAUGGCCGUCCUUAUUCGUGGCAUUCAGUGCGGCGAAAAGUAGAGAUGGUCACAAAACAGCGUGUCAAAUUUCUUGAGGAUCAGAAGCAACGGCAACGAGAUCAAUUCGGGGCUAGCCUAACGGAAGAACUGAUGAACCCACAAUGGUGCGCUGUCCUCGAUUCCUGGAUUCCGACAUGGCAGCGGUGGGAAGAAGCAGAGGCGAGACGUAUUGCAAAGCGUGAUGAGAUGAUGCGCCGUCGCUCGCAGUUAAAGCCAGGAGAUCAAUGGCGACCUCAGCAAGAUCCCGCAUCGGUUCAACUUAGACUUAGCUCGCCCUCCAGUCCCGAUGACACCGGUCUGGACGCGAACCACCCGCUCCCCGAUGAUGGAACAAACUCUGUGGCCGAGAUCACCCCGAUUAACAACUCUGCUCCCGCAUCUGCUGCCCCAUCUAUCCCUGUCUCUUCGUUUGGGGACUUUCCAACUCAAGUUUCCACCAGCGUCAAGCUGCCCCCGGGCUUUGAGAAUAUGUUUUCAAGUUCCCGAGUAGAGACAACAACCAAACAAGCGAUAGCUUCCGAGCCUGUUGCGCCAACAAGCCCAUCAGAACCAUCUCCUACUAAUCCUAUGUUCAAUGCUGUCCUUGAAACUCUUGGAAAACUCAACAAACAUCUUGACGCCGCAUCUGGAAACGGUAGCUCCGAUUUACGUGCCUCCCCGGUGAUUUCUGCCCUGGUCCAAGCCGCCUCUGAGUCCAGCGCUCAACCACAGCUACUCUCACAGGGCCGCUCCCACCAACUUAACUCUAACAACGCCCAGUCUAUCAACAUCGAUCAGAUUAAAGAGGAGCUACGGCAAGAAAUGAAGGCUGAGCUCCACCGCGACCGUGCCGCGCUGGAAGAGAAGCUCGAUUCCGUCCAGAGAACUCAAGAGAUGAUUCUUGAAAUGCUACGGCAGCAAUCCUCAUAG